AUGCCCGAACUCACCGCGACGUCGUUCGGCGGCGUCGACGCCCCCGCGGCGCUCGUCUUCGACUGCGACGGGACGCUCGUGGACACGAUGGGCGCGUUCUACCUCGCGGACCGCAAGACGUGCGAGGAGGUCGGAAUGACCAUGUCGAAGAAGCAGUUCUACGACCUCGCCGGCGUGCCCAUUCGAGAGAUCUUCCGCAUCCUCUCCGAAGAGCAAGGGACGUCGCCGGACCUCGACGCGAUGGCGGCGCGAUGCAAAGAACUCGCGGAUGACAUCAUGAAACACGGCCCGGCGCUCAUCGAGCCCGUGGCGCAGAUCGCGCGCGAUGCGGUCGCCGCGGGGAUACCCGUCGCGGUCGCGUCGAGCGGCGUGCGGGAUACCGUCCGCGCGCACCUCGACGGGCACGGCGUCUUAGGCGCGUUCUAUACACUGCACGUCGUCACGUGCGAGGACGUGGAGUUUGGGAAGCCCGCGCCGGAUCUGUAUCUGCUCGCGGCGAAGAAGCUCGGCGUGGAUCCGACGAGGUGCGUCGCGUACGAGGACGCGGAGCUCGGGAUGGAGAGCGCGCGGCGCGCCGGGAUGGUCGUCGUGGACGUGCGCAAGCUGGCGGGGUACCCGUGCGACGAUUACCUCGACGUCGAGGAGUGA